AUGCCCAGACGUUCCCGGCCCGAGGUGGCCAAAUAUGUCCCUUGUGGAGUAGGGCAAGCAUGGAAGAGCUGGCCGUCCGUCUCCAUUACCCUUUACAAUCUCCCGAAUACCAUAAAUACCCACGAGCUGUGGAGGUCCUUCACCAUCCAGGGCAACAUCGUUUCCAUUGACAUCUUCGAGGACAGGCACUGUCACUCGAUUUCAAAGGGUCGGAUCAGGUUUUGUCCGCCUCCAUACUUCGCUUUCUGGGAACGUGGCCCCUACACCGUGAAGCUUGAUAGGGGUGCUAAGGUCCGGGUCAUAGUCUGCAUCGAUGCUAACUUCCAGGAAUACUCUGUGCAAAGCCCUGCUCGUGCACACAUCAGAUACCCUGAGAAGAUUGAGCUGCGUGCUUCCAGGUUUGAGGCUGGCGUCCAACGGGAUGCUUCUACCAUCCACCUCCUCAAAAGCUUUGCCAGGUCUGUUAGGCUUAGUGCCAAUGUGCAGGAGCGAGCACUCUACAUAUAUUUCAAUGAGGUUAUCUCAAUGCAGCGCGGCACAAAGGUCGAUGACAAACCCGUGCCUCCGGCCUCCUAUCGGGUGAGGAUCCUCUUUUCCCAAUUGAACAAGGUGUGGGAAUCUCAAGAUAGCUCCCUUGAGAAUCUUUCGUUUCUCAUAAUCUUGGACUAUCCUGCUAUCUACCACCGCAAGUUACUUGACCCAUCCAGUACGUUCACGGGAGACUACAGCUGGAGGGAGAUGGAUACCUGGCUGCGGCAAACCCGCAUCAUCCAUGAUGUUCGGCGAGGAGUGGACAUCGCCACCAAUCUGCGCAAAUCAGGACAUCUGAUUGACCUUGGGCGCUGGAACGUCCUCAGGGUUACACUGCCCGCCAACGGCAUUAACAUGAAGGCUCGCACGCUCAUCAAUGACGUUCUUAAGGAUCAUAACAUCCUGGUACAAAACGGAAACCAUUUCCAGGAGGUGGAAGGCAAGGCUGAGCCGGUGUGGCAGUGGAUCGAUGGCCAAAUGAAUCCAAAAUGGAGCAUGCUGGGGGACCUAGCCGAUGAGCAUUCGGUGCAACUGCCCUUCCCCGUGCGCUACCAACUCGAGGUCUGCAUCUCUCAUGGCCGCCUGUCUGAAUUCAACAUGACUCGCGACUUUGUAGUUAGACUCAUGAGCCUUGGGGAUACCAAGGCCCGAAGAUUGCUUGAGCACGUUGCGACCCACAAAAGCAAUUACCUCGAUCCGAUGGAGAUCUUCAAGAUCAAGGUCGUCAAGGGCGUAACUGAUUCGAAAAUACCGGAGUACUGCUGCUUCAUGCGUACGGCCAGGGUCACCCCGACGACCGUCUACUACAACACCCCCACGGUUGAUACCUCCAAUCGCAUCACGAGAAGAUACAUUGAGUUUGUGGACCGUUUCCUUCGAGUUCGGUUUUCGGACGAAAUGUAUCUUGGGCCCGUCAGGGCAUCGAUCAACCAGGUAGACGACGAAAUCUACAGCCGGGUCAAGUCAACCCUAGCAUGUGGAAUCACCAUUGGUGGCCGUCAUUAUGAGUUCCUGGCUUUCGGCAACUCGCAGUUCCGUGAACAAGGUGCCUACUUCUUUGCCUCUCUUCCAAAUCUGUCUGCCGCGCAUAUCCGAGCCUGGAUGGGUCGAUUCAGUCACAUCCGCAACAUUGCAAAGCAUACCUCCAGACUAGGCCAGUGCUUUUCCACUACCCGGGCUGUCGGCGCCUGCGUCGUCCAAAUUCAACAAAUUCCUGAUAUUGAGCGCAAUGGGUACGUUUUCUCUGAUGGUGUCGGGAAGAUCUCCAGGUUCUUGGCCAGAAUGGCCACAAACGGGUUGAAUAUCAAGACAACCAACGGCGAACCUCCAUCAGCUUUCCAGUUCCGACUUGGAGGGUGCAAAGGAAUGCUGGUUGUGUCUUCAGAUCCUCAGCCCAGCGAGUUGCACAUCCGACCCAGCCAAUACAAGUUCGAGUCGCCUCACGGCGGGCUGGAAGUCAUUCGCUGGUCUUCCAACUCGCUGGCAACUUUGAACCGCCAGUUGAUUCUGAUUCUCGACGCUCUGGGUAUCUCCAGGGGGGUGAUUCUCGAGAAGCAACGCACAAUGCUGCAGAGCUUCAACAGGGCCAUGACAGAUGACUCGCAGGCAAUAUCUCUCCUACAGAGAUUCGUUGAUCCAAAUCAUACCACAUUGACCCUGGCAAAUCUGGUACACGACGGAUUCCGAAGGUUCAAUGAACCGUUCGUCACCUCUAUGUUAUCCCUUUGGAAGGCCUGGCACUUCAAGUAUCUGAAGCAAAAAGCCAAGAUCGUGAUCGAGAAAGGCGCCAACCUUUUUGGUGUCUUGGACGAAACUGGGUCUCUGCAUGGCUGGUUUGACGAGAAAGUCAAAAGAGCAGAGCAGUCUCACGCUGCUCCUAUCGACAGGCUAGCAGCACUUCCCGAAGUCUUCGUUCAGAUUUCAUCUCUCGAGAAAGGCGGAUAUCCCCGGGUAAUCGAAGGAGUGUGUAUCCUAGCACGCAAUCCAUCUCUUCACCCUGGGGAUAUCCGUGUGGUGCGGGCUGUGAAUGUAUCGAAACUGCGACAUCUCAUCGACGUGAUUGUUUUCCCCCAGACCGGAGAUAUAGACCUUGCAAGCAUGUGUUCAGGGGGAGAUUUGGAUGGAGAUGACUACCUCAUCAUGUGGGACCCGGACCUAAUUCCGGCUCAGGAUAAGUGGUUCACAAAACCAAUGGCAGACACCAACGAAGUAGCCCCCGAAUUGGACCGCGACGUGACAGUAGACGACAUGACAUCCUUUUUCGUCACUUUUAUGAAGAAUAACUGCCUUCCUAGAAUCGCGAGUGCUCACAUGGCCUGGGCGGACAGCCUGGACGGGGGCGUCCACGAGCAGAAAUGUAUUAAACUGGCAGCCAUGCACUCUGCAGCUGUCGACUACAAUAAGACAGGGCGUGCCACAAAGAUGACUUGGAAUCUUGAGCCGAGGCAAUGGCCACACUUCAUGGAGAAGAGAGCCAGAUCCACUUACCGUUCCACUAAGGUCUUGGGUCGCCUGUACGACGCAGUAGAGACCAUCCACUUCGUACCCGAUCUCUCAGUGCCAUUUGACUCGCGGAUUCUGAAAUGUGACCUCGUCCCAGCCAGCGAAAGUUUCAUGGAAUUUGCGAUGCGAUUGAAAGAAGAGUACGACUCGGCGAUGUUGCGGAUCAUGGCUCAAUUCGAAAUCAAAACUGAAUUCGAGGUCUGGUCGACAUUUGUCCUGAACCACAGUCGUCUGUUCAGAGACUACAAGCUCCAUGAGGAUCUGGGUCGUGUUGCUAGUACACUUCGGAAUGGGUUCCGUCAGCGGUGCUUCGAUCACGUCGGAGGUCGCAGUCUCGAAGACAUUGCCCCCUUGGUGGUCGCCACGUAUCGUGUCACUCACGAAUUGGCAACUGAAGCUCUAGCAAGGCGUCGGGAAGGGCCCACCCUUUAUGACGAUGAUGGUGACCUCAAAGAUGAGAUCGGUUCGAACGGUGAAGAUGUACUACCUCUCAUUAGCUUCCCGUGGGUCUUUCACGAAUAUCUGGGAAAGAUUGCGACGGGUCAGUUCCAUAAGGCCAAACUCGAGACAUACAGGAAUGGACAAAGCUCUGGCAAGAUCUACACCCACGCUGAAGCUGAGACUCUGCUCCUCGGCAUAGAGCAGGAGGUGGAGCAAGCAAUGACUCCUGGUGCGGACAAAAAGAUCCAAACUGAGAUGACGAACGCUGUAUUCGAGAAGAUGCUUGCCAAGAUAGACGUGCGUAGUUCCGAUGCAGAUGAGAUUGAAGUGAAAAAGGUGCCCAUCGAUACCCAUGAAAAGCUCUCAUCUCUCGAUACUUUUGACUCUAGAAUUGACGUUAAUUUUUCCGUUGAGAGUCUCCAUGAUAGCAAUGAUAACGCUGUCCCAUUGGUCACUUCCGAGCGCGAAGAUGAGGACGACAAGGCAGAUGAAGUGGAGACAAUUGCGGAUGAGAUCGAAAUCGUGGAAUCAGAAUCGAGCAUCCGUCAAUCAAUGCUGAAGCAGUUGCUCGGUAUGAUCGGUGCAUAA